AUGGCAUUUACGGCAGUUAACGGUGCAAACGGCGGCGAAGAAGGCGGACGAUUGAUAUUCACCGACCGGGAGUUUUACAUCGCGUCUGAUGUCCCUUUAGGCGAUCGACUUGAGUGCGAGCGGCAGAUCGUUGAAUACGGUGGACGAGUGACGAAGUCGCCUACGGCGGAGACCACGAUUCUCGCGCGGUUUAGGUCGCGGGAUAAAGUUGUUCAUGAAUUCGGCGCUGGGCAUACCUACGAUCCGCAAAUAAUCGAAGACAUGAUACUUCUCGAAGAAUCCUAUAAUGCAGAGAAAACAUAUAGCUCACGACCAUCACCGCCGCUUCAGGGGUAUAAUACAUCGUCUACAGCAGGCGGUGUCGUGGGGCGGUAUUCACAGACUGAGGUUGAAGUUGCUGAUGUGUUGAUUAGCACCUCGACCGCGACUGCUUUGGGUGUCCCGCAGGACAGAAGUGGUGGUGGGCAAGAGUCGCGGCCAGUGCAAGCCAAGAAGCGAAGACGGACUUUAGAGCCGACGAUAUCGAACCCAAACUGCUUCAUGAUCAGCACAGAUGAUCCACAGACAGAACCCGCGCAAUCCCCCGACUCAUCAGCAGACGAGUCCGACGCCCACGAGCCUCGACCUCAUAAUCUAAAGAGAAAACACAUGGAUCUCUCAAAUACCGCUUCAUCCAGCACAACUCCGUCCGCGCCACCGCGGAAGCUGAGAAAAGUCGAAAGCGAGGAAUCAGGCCUAAUCACCGCCGCCGUCCAAAAAGUCCAGCAAACACAAGCACCGCAGCCAUCUCUAUUUUCCCCCACGGGGCUACCAGCCGUGCCGCGAGGGCAGCAGAGGAAGCAGCGCCAGCGACGGACCUCGAAGCGCAAGCAGUUUUCGGCGCCGUCGACGCCGGGAGCUGGGUCGGGUAGCGAGCGGUUAACUGAAAAGUUUGCGGCGCUGAAGAAGACGCAGGAGGAGAGUACGGCUGAAGCGGCGGUGAAGGAGGCGGAGGAGGAGAGGCAGAGUGUGGAGGAGGAGGAGGAGAUGGAGAGGCAGAGUGUGGAGGGGGAGAAGAAGGGGGCGAGGGAUGAGGAGAAGGAGGAGAAAGAGGUUGUGGUGCCAGAUUCAGAGGCGGAAGACUAUCGAGAUGCGUCUGAUCAUGAGGCUAGCGGAGAGAAAGACGAAGAGAAAGAAGUGGUGGUGCCAGAAUCAGAUCCGGAGGACUAUCUAGACGCGUCAGAUCAUGAGGAUACUGGAGAGAAGUACGAAGAGAGAGAGGUGGUGGUGCCGGACUCUGAUCCGGAGGAUUAUCUAGACGCGUCAGAUCAUGAGGCAAGUGCUGAGCCUGAAGCUUCACAGAUUUCCAAGGAAAAUGUUCGUGACGAGACGUCAGUGCCGGAAACCUCCGAGCAGCAGCCCGCUGAACAGCCAGCGGAACAGGAUGAAGCAGUUGCUGUAGAAACAGCUGAGGCGGAGCUCGAGUUUGAACCAUACCCGGUCUUCAACAAUGGUGCUACAGGUGACUUUCGGCUGCCUAGCGGUAGUGUGGAGGUGGCUGGGGAGUCUGCGGAGAAGAUUGAAGUUGAACGGGAGAAGCUGCGGGAGCUGAUUUUGCGGUGGACGAGACUUUAUUAUCGGAGAGACGACGACGAGGACGACGAAGACGAGGAGGAGGAUGAAGAGGACGAAGAAGACGAGGAGGAUGAGGAGGAAGUUUCAAGAAAAAGACUUCUCUCCCCGGCCUACUUCCUCGGCAUCCUCCACCGCACAAGUUUCGACAUCGACCUAGCAGAGACGAUAAUCCAGCGUCUAAGCAACGGCACAUACACCCGUUUCCCCGACAAUCUUCCCGGCGCGUUCACGGUCGCCGACGACGAGGAUCUGAAAAGGGCGUAUGAGCUCGGGGAUGAGGACGCGAAGGUGCGGAUCGAGGAGAGACAUGGGCCGCGGCUUGCGAUGAAGAGGAGGGCGUAUUGGGAUGAUUUUAUGAGGGUGUAUGGGGGUUUAUAAUGUUGUACUUUUGUGAUUUAUUGUUGUACUUUGUAAUUUAUU